AUGACGACUCUUCUCGAUGAUACUGGGUUACCGCUAUGGGUUUACAUCGUCAUAAUUGCUGUCGGCUCGACUCUUCUGUUGCUCGCCAUUGCUGUUGCGUUACGAUGUUGGUUUCUACGUCGAAGGGCCAAACAACGGAGAGAGGUGGACAACCUCACCGGCCCUCUUCGCCGCGUUACCUUGAGGCGGGGGCGGAUAGUUCCAACUUCACAGCACCUGUCUUUAACAGGCUCUAAGUUCGGCAUGAGGCAGUUUGGGGUUCUGGCAGACAACGAAUCGGCCAUGACAGGUAGAAAAAGUCCUUUCGAGUGGUGGAGCACCAUUAUGGACAGAUCACAGUCUCGACAAGAAUACAUGUCUCAAGCCGAGACUGGAUCAAUAAAUACUCGGCCCACGUCCAGAGCCACCACCAUUACACUUCGAAGGGAACUGUUGACUGCUACUCCCGUUCAGACUCCCGAAAGAUUUAAAGAGCCGCCUACCACGAGAAUUUGGGAAAUAACAAUCCCUUCGCCAUCGCCAUCGCCAUCGCCGUCACCAUUAGGACCGAAUAAGCAUACCAACUUUUCCAGAUCAUUCAGCAAUCGUGCUCCUUCAUCGCCGGUCACACAAAGAUCUCAAGCGACUCUUUCCCGAAUAUUAGAACGUUCGCCACAUCAGUCUAUGAUCAGUACAGCAAAUGGACCGAGUAUAUCCCCAUUGCCUCGUUCUUCUCACCAUUCCGCAAUAAACCCGUUGGAUAGCACACCGCUGGCAGGGCAGUCACCACAGCCUAGCCCUGCCAUCCCGCGGGAACAAAUGACUCUUACCGUCCCGGCCCCUACUACUCAAUCCAAGACGUCGCUAAGUCGACAACAAGACCGCCCCACCUCCUCAAACUUGUUACCCUCACCCAACAGACAACAUAAGCUGAACGCUUCGCCGCCGACAGCAUCUCGUCUUCUAGAACCGAAGCCGCUCCCGUAUCCAAUGCCCCCAUCAGUUACGCGCUCAAGCCUUGCCGAUGUCCGCUCUCAAGGCUCUAAUUCCUUUUAUCGACAGAUGAAUCAAUCUCAGGCCAAUCUAUCUCAUCCACGCCAAGACGGCAAGACCAACUCACCUGCCACGUCCACUACAAACCUAGCUAGGAUGUCCGUCUCCAGCAUUGGCCCUAGCGGAAUCAUCUAUGAAACCCAGGUUCCCCGUUUACACACCUCGACGGAUUAUUGGUCAACCAGGAUGGAUCUACACGACAUUUCUUCUCAUGGACAAACUAGUUCCGCGCCUCGCUCCGGACACUCUUCUCGAAAUCCAAGCACAGACCAAACCCUUCGGCCUCCGAACUCCUCUCCUGAUCAACAUAGAGAGCAGGAGAGGGAGAACGUCAUGGGGAUUGUGACGGUGCCCGGGAAGAACAACCAGAAAGUCCUCAGAAAGAAGUCUUUGAAGAGAAUGCAAGUCGUCAGC